GGUAUUUCUCUCCUCUUAUUUCUCAUUUCCCCUUCACUAUUACACUGACGAUACUCACAACACGCAACUGCGCGACCGUCAGUGAUCUAGCUGCCGCCCACUGGCCGUCUGCUCACCUUCUCGUUUCCAUUCUUCGCGAUCACCUUCGUUUUGCUUGUAAGCGCUUGCGCAUCGAUCUCUUCAUUUUCUGUUAUUUCUUGUUCUUUUGCUGUUACCGCCGUUGCUGUCUGCUGAGGGCAGUCUCCGGCAUCUCAUUAAAAAACUAUUAAAAGGAAAAUCAUCAACAACAAAAACAGACCCCUUUUCUUCUUGCACGCUCUCGCCGCGUCGUUUCCGUUGUACCGUCGCCGCUAUUAAAAGCCGUAGCGAAGGCCGCCUGGCCUUGCGUGCUCUUUGCUGAUAACAUCGUGUUUCUUCUUCUGGUUUAUCUCAAGACGUGAGUAAGUACGUAUAGAGUUGUUAUUGCCGCUUUUAUAUUUCGGGCGUGAUCGCAGUCAGAGAGAGAGAGAGCAACGAAAGCAAAGGAGGAAAGAGAAGAAAAACAUGUUGCGUCUUGCCAGCGAACCGCAGCGGAAAAGAGAGCCGAAGAUGCCGGAGUGCAGCCGGAUGCUCUUCGGCCUCGCGCUGCUGCUGACGCUGCUCUCGGAGGGGAUGAUGAACACGCAGUACACCGCCCUCAGCACCGUUAUCACCGCCAACACCGACCCCACCGCCCUGCAGCAACUCGCCACCUUCGCCGCCAUGGAGGACGUGGCGGAGGAGGAGCAGCUGGACUGGGGCUCCAGCGGCCGACUAGUGCGCACGCCGAUCAACACCAUCGUGAAGCCGCGCAAUGCAGAGACGCCGGACCCGGCGAAGAUGGCCGCGACGCCGCCGAACCACUCACGCGUGAACUCGCUCGAGGUGCACAGCGAGGGCCUGUCCAAGUCGGUCUCCGAGGCGGAGAGCAGUCUCCACAGCCCGGCAGAGCCGGAGUUCUCCGCGGCGUCCUCCUCGUCGUCCUCGCGCCGACGCCCGCACCGCCGGCACCGUCGCCACAGCGGUGCCUCCGCGAGCGACGCCUUCGCGGCUGCCACGGCGGUCGGCGACGUCGUGGUGGAGUUGGCGGCGUCGCAGCCGGUGCACAGCUACCCGAUGUGGACGCAGUUCCACGUGAUGGAGGUGGCGUACAGCACCGGCGCAAACAACUUCGUCCACCUGACUGAGCGCUUCCUGCAGUACCAGCAGAUGUUCCCAGUUGUCUACCGCUGCGACCUGGCCAAGGUGGUCUGCCCGGAGGAGGCAGAGCUGCUCGCCCUGCCGCGCAGUGGUCUGUCUGCGUCGAGCCACUGGACCUGCGCGAAGUGCGGCAAGAAGCACGAGGCGGUCCGCGAGAGCUGCCUGCGCUGCCGCACGCCGGGCCCCUACGCGAAGUUGUUUGUGGGCCAGACGAUCAAGGAGGUGGACUGCACGGAGAGCCUCGUCCGCUUCCUGCACGCGACGCACCCCGAGGUGCGGAUGCACCGUGUGGAGUGCCACCGCGACUCCCGCGCCGGCUGUGCGGUGGGCCGGGGGAAGGGCUGCGCAUCGGUGUACGUCGCCCGCGAAGACGCCGCGGCGCUGCAGCAGAAGCUACACCACAACGCCUUCUUUGACAUCAACGACGCGACGGGCGAGCUGGUGGUGUACUACGUCUACUCGGAGCAGCAGAAGUGGCUGCACAGCUUUGUGCAGCUGCGGAAUGAGCGGGCCGAUCAGCGUCCGCUGUUUUUGCCCUUGGCCCCUCUGGUGGUGGAGCAGAGCGUCGGCGCAGCGGUGCCGGCGAAACGGCCGAGCGGCCCACACGGCCGCCCGCAGGAUCGUGGGAGUUUCGACCUCGCGCCCGUGCUGGCAAUUCGCUAA